AUGGAGCCGGGGGCCCUCUCAUCUCUGCUGCUGCUGUUCUCCGUGGCAACUGGAGGUGCUGACAUGACAGGACAUUUCAACCCUGCCAAGUGCCGCUAUGCCCUGGGCAUGCAGGACCGGACCAUUCCGGACGGGGACAUCUCUGCCUCUAGCUCCUGGUCAGACUCCACGGCUGCUCGCCACAGCAGGCUGGAGAGCAGCGAUGGGGACGGGGCCUGGUGCCCGGCAGGGCCGGUCUUUCCCAAGGAGGAGGAGUACCUGCAGGUGGAUCUCCGGCGGCUGCACCUGGUGGCUCUGGUGGGCACCCAGGGGCGGCACGCUGGAGGCCUGGGCAAGGAGUUCUCCCCCAGCUACCGGCUGCGCUACUCCCGGGACGGCCACCGCUGGAUGGACUGGAGGGACCGCUGGGGUCAGGAGGUGAUCUUGGGAAAUGAGGACCCGGGGGGAGUGGUGCUGAAGGACCUUGGGCCCCCCAUGGUGGCCCGACUGGUCCGCUUCUACCCCCGUGCUGACCGGGUCAUGAGCGUCUGUCUGCGGGUGGAGCUUUACGGCUGCCUCUGGAAAGAUGGACUGCUGUCUUACACGGCCCCUGUGGGGCAGACGAUGAACUUGGCUGAGGCCGUGCACCUCAAUGAUUCCACCUACGAUGGACACACCACGCACGCCAUUGGCGGGCUGCAGUACGGCGGGCUGGGCCAGCUGGCGGACGGCGUGCUGGGGCUGGAUGACUUUCGGGAGAGCCGGGAGCUGCGGGUCUGGCCGGGCUAUGACUAUGUGGGAUGGAGCAACCACAGCUUCCCCGGCGGCUACGUGGAGAUGGAGUUUGAGUUUGACCGGCUCAGGGCCUUCCAGGCCAUGCAGGCUCACUGCAACAACAUGCACACCCUGGGAGCCCGCCUGCCCGGCGGCGUCGAGUGUCGCUUCAAGCGGGGCCCGGCCGCGGCCUGGGAGGGGGAGCCUGUGCGGCACGCCCUGGGGGGCAGCCUGGGGGACCCCCGGGCCCGGGCGGUGUCGGUGCCCCUGGGCGGCCGUGUGGCCCGCUUUUUGCAGUGCCGCUUCCUCUUUGCUGGGCCGUGGCUGCUCUUCAGUGAGAUCUCCUUCAUCUCUGAUGUUGUGAACGAGUCCUCCCUGGCUCUGGGGGGCACCUUCCCACCAGCCCCCUGGUGGCCACCUGGCCCACCUCCCACCAACUUCAGCGGCUUGGAGCUGGGGCCCCGGGGCCAGCAGCCCGUGGCCAAGGCAGAGGGCAGCCCGACGGCCAUCCUCAUCGGCUGCCUGGUGGCCAUCAUCCUGCUGCUGCUGCUCAUCAUCGCCCUCAUGCUCUGGCGGCUGCACUGGCGCCGGCUCCUCAGCAAGGCCGAGCGGCGGGUCUUAGAAGAGGAGCUGACGGUUCAUCUCUCUGUCCCUGGCGACACCAUCCUCAUCAACAACCGCCCGAGCCCUCGAGAGCCACCCCCCUACCAGGAGCCCCGGCCUCGUGGGAACCCUGCCCAUCCUGCCCCCAGUGUCCCCGGCGGCUCCGCCUGCAGCGGGGACUACAUGGAGCCUGAGAAGCCAGGUGCCCCGCUUCUGCCCCCGCCGCCUCAGAGCAGCGUCCCCCACUACGCCGAGGCUGACAUCGUCACGCUGCAGGGCGUCACGGGGGGCAACACCUAUGCGGUGCCCGCGCUGCCGCCCGGGGGCGCGGGGGACGGGCCCCCCAGAGUGGACUUCCCUCGGUCUCGGCUCUGCUUCAAGGAGAAGCUGGGCGAGGGCCAGUUUGGGGAGGUGCACCUGUGUGAGGUGGAGCGCCCUGAGGAGCUCGUCAGCCUCGACUUCCCCCUUAGUGUGCGCAAGGGGCGCCCCCUGCUGGUAGCUGUCAAGAUCCUGCGGCCGGAUGCCACCAAGAACGCCAGGAACGACUUCCUGAAGGAGGUGAAGAUCAUGGCGAGGCUGAAGGACCCAAACAUCAUCCGGCUGCUGGGCGUGUGCGUGCAGGACGACCCUCUCUGCAUGAUCACCGACUACAUGGAGAACGGCGACCUGAACCAGUUCCUCAGUGCGCACCAGCUGGAGGACAAGGCGGCCACGGGGCCCCCCGAGGGUGGGGAGCCCGCCCGGGGGCCCACCAUCAGCUACCCGAUGCUGCUGCACGUGGCAACCCAGAUCGCCUCGGGCAUGCGCUACCUGGCCACACUCAACUUUGUGCACCGGGACCUGGCCACCAGGAACUGCCUGGUUGGGGAAAAUUUCACCAUCAAGAUCGCCGACUUCGGCAUGAGCAGGAACCUCUACGCUGGGGACUACUACCGGGUGCAGGGCCGGGCGGUGCUGCCCAUCCGCUGGAUGGCCUGGGAGUGCAUCCUCAUGGGCAAGUUCACCACGGCCAGCGACGUGUGGGCCUUCGGGGUGACCCUGUGGGAGGUGCUGAUGCUCUGCCGGGCCCAGCCCUUCGGGCAGCUGACCGACGAGCAGGUCAUCGAGAACGCAGGCGAGUUCUUCCGGGACCAGGGCCGCCAGGUGUACCUGUCCCGGCCCCCCGCCUGCCCCCUGGGCCUGUACGAGCUGAUGCUCCGGUGCUGGAGCCGGGAGCCGGAGCAGCGGCCGCCCUUUGCCCACCUGCACCGCUUCCUGGCAGAGGAUGCACUCAACACAGCGUGA